GGAGGCUUGGAGGACCGCUCGCCCGUAGCUGGAGAGACGGGCAGGGGCGGCCAGUUUGACACAAUCAGCAGGACUCCAGUAUCUGCAGACUUACUUUUGCCUGAAAUAGAGCUGCUACCCCGAUGCCUGGCUGGUCUGACGUGGCGACCGGGCUGCUCUCCAACCUCCUGCUGUGUGCCGUGUGCCUUGGCUCCAGCAUGCAGACCUUGCAGAUCCACCGCGGGGCAGCUGCUGGGUUUCUCCUCCAGGCCCUCGUGGCCCUGUUGGAAACGGCCGUCCUGCUCGCUGCUGCCCUUGGGCUGGGUUCCGCGCCCGCUGCGAGGCCCCCGGACGCUGCCUGGGUCUCCACGGUGGUUGGCCUCCCCUUGCUGGUGUUCGCCUUCCACUGGCUGAGCGGCGACUGCUCCACGGCCAACAUCCUCUUGGGAGGGGCCCUGCUGCUGGCUGGAGGCUGGGACUACUUCACAGAGGAAGGCAAGGCCAUGGCGGCCCAUUCCAUCACCAUGGUGGCCUCCAUCACCAUCCUGAUCAUUUCGGUCUUCACCGGCAACGCCUACGGGGUCCUGGGCGGCCUCCUGGUGGGCACGGCCGGCCUGCUGGCAGGGAGCCAGCUGCAGCUGCUGCUGGCGCUCAGCAAGAGGGACGUCCGUCACGGCCUCAUGGCGGCAGCAAACCUGACCCUGCGAUGGGCUCUCCAAACGCAGCACCAGGAACUGGGGCGAGGGGGCAGGGGGCUGCAACCGUGGACUGACGGGGGAGACCCUGCGGAUCAUUUGGUGGAGGGGAGCUGA